GGAUCAAACACGGAAGUCGUCCGUCGUGUCCUCUGCAGGUAAGCUGAUAGGAUGCCCAGGUUUCAGGAGGUGGAGUCAGGUCAGGCUCCGCCCUCUGGAGGCAGUGGUCUGGUUGCUAAGCGAUACAACAUCCUGCAGAGUCUGGGCAGAGGAAGUUUUGGUUCCGUUUAUCUGGUUCAGGACACGAGAGCUGCAGACGGAGAGAAGCUGAAGGUGUUGAAGCAGAUUCCUCUGGGCGACCUUCGACCUGACGAGACGGUGCGGGCGACGCAGGAAGCCCAGCUGCUGUCUCAGCUGCACCACCCGGCCAUCCUCACCUUCUACCACAGCUUCCUGGAGAGAGACGCCUUCUGCAUCAUCACCGAGUACUGCCAGGACCGAGAUCUAGACUGGAAGCUGGAGGAGGUGCGACGAGCCGGGCGGAGCCUCCCUGAAAUCCAGGUCAUCGAUUGGUUCAUCCAGUUGCUGCUCGGCCUGCACUACAUGCAUGACAGGCGAAUCCUCCACAGAGACCUCAAGGCCAAGAACGUCUUCCUGAAACAAAACCUCGUUAAGAUCGGGGAUUUUGGUGUUUCCUGUCUGCUGAUGGGAUCAUGUGACCUGGCCACCACCUUCACAGGGACGCCGUACUACAUGAGUCCAGAGGUGCUGAACCACCAGGGAUACGACUCCAAGUCUGACAUCUGGGCUCUGGGCUGCCUCCUCUUUGAGAUGUGCUGUCUGACUCACGCCUUCCGGGGGCCGAGCUUCCUGUCUGUGGUGAUGAAGAUCGUGGAGGGAGAAACCCCGACGCUCCCCGCCUCCUUCUCCCCUGAUCUGAACUCCGUCCUGCAGAGGAUGCUGCACAAACAACCUUCGUCCAGACCGUCAGCUGCAGAACUCCUCAAGACCAAGUUCAUGGAGAGACACAUGCAGAAGAUGAAGAUCAGGUUUGAGUUUGUGUCGUCAGGAGGAGAGGAAGAUGCUCAAGUCAUCGCCAAGAACAUGCAGACAAAGGUUCACCUGCAGACACUGAGGGAGAGGUCGGAGGUAGAGAAGAUGACGCCCAGAGAGAGAAUGAGGCUCCGCAAACUGCAGGCUGCUGAUGAGAAGGCCAGGAGACUGAGGAAACUGGCUGAGGAGAAAUAUGAGGAGAUCCACACCCGGAGGAGAGAGCUGAGGAGCCGCCAUUUUGAAAAAAUCAGUGUGGACGUUCUGAAUGAGAGCAGAGAGGGCGGAGCCUGUCAGACUCUGCCAAUCAGGAGCCACGAUCACCGGUCCACAGGAGGGUUGCAGCCAAUUGAAAGGCAGGAUGAGUCAGAACCAGAGCUGCACGAUAUCCCAGAGGACCCUCAGGCUGCUGAAGUUUACUACAACCAGGAUGGAUUUGACUCGUGUUCAGAGGACGAGGAGACGGAGACACCUGCAGAGACGCUUUACCUGUCUGACCCACAGGUCAGUGAGCUGGAGGCUAUGAUGAAGCACAUGCAGAAAGUUCUGGAAGAGGAGCUGAGUGGAGAUCCAGUGGAGCGUGAGGCCCCCCAGACCUCCCAGGGGCCCUGGAGCCCCCAGGCCCCCCAAGGGCCCCCGAUGAUCAACAGCAGCCUGCUGGAGACCAGAAUCCAACACCUGAGAGAGUCUGCCUGUCGCCGCCUCGGCUCAGACGUCUUCCAGCAGCUGUAUGAGAACCUGAAGGAGGCCAGGCGGCGGCGGGAGGUUGAGGAUGAGGACGGCGUCACCGAGGACGCUCCAGAGGAUGAACCUGAUGUGGGCUUCCAGGUGGACCAGCUGCUGUUCCUCGAGGGAGAGCUGCAGAGAGUGAGACGGCUGCAGGAGGACACACCCCCAGUCUGAAAAACUUUAUUUAAACAACUCAUCAUCACAAAGAAUAUUUCUUACUUUACAGGUAAACUGAUCAGAGCUUUCUGUAUGUGCUAGAAGAAUUACAUUAAACAUUUACAUGGGAAGUGAAUGAGUUUUUCCCCUGAAGUCGAAGCUGAAAUAAAGAGAUUUAAAGUGA